AUGCUCCGGCGCGUGGUAGCUGUGGAGGGACUCUUUAAUGGGCACGCCAUGAGAGACAGCUAUGCGUCUAAGAGACACAGCGGACGCAGGUGCGUCUCAGAGAACAAGAAGGUGGGUGGAGGCGUGUCGCACCACACCGACUUUGAUGGAAAUCACACUGUUAAGAACGUCGCGGGUGAAAGAGCAGGACCGUCACAUGAAAGCUUUGGGCGACGAUUGUUUACGUCGUGGCAGCAGGGCGUGGUCGCUAGCAUUGGCGCGGUGAUGGGAAUAGGCGCCAUUGGCUUUUUUUUUUACGCGCCAGUGAAGGACGAUACUGUGCAUCACACCGCUGUAGUGGCAUCGGAGGCGUUGGGGGAUGUACGACUGCGCGAGCAGGCCAUUCAACUCUCAAAGGAGGUUGUGGAGAGUGUGCUGAAGGACCCCAAGUCUCUCGAUCUCGUUGUGGCGCUUGUAGUGCAGCUGUUAAGACAGGAUGACACCAAGAUAGCAGUUUCAUCUUUCUUGCGUUCUCUUUUCGAGGACCACUACACACAGGAGGUAACAAAGAAGUUCGUGCUGAUGACAAUACUGGAUCCGUGGAUUCAAGAGCAGCUGCGCGGUAUCGCAAAGGACCUGGCAAGUGGAUUGCUACAGGAUCCGGAAGUGAAGAAGGCGCUUGUUGACUUCCUCACAGAUUCAGCAGCCGAGUCGCUCCGGAGCGAAAAUUUGAUAUGUGAUACUGCCCGCACAGUAAGGUCUGUUGCUACGCAUAUCAUUAACCCGUGGCUCUGA